UGGUUAUAUUUAUCUGACGAGUGAUUAAGUUUUUGCUGUUUUUAAUUUUUUUUGGCCGGAUUUAACCCCCAAUCACCAAACGAUGAAAAAAAAAAAAAAAAACUUAAUCACCAAAUGGUGAAAAGCACUAAACAUAAUCAUCAAUCUUAUACUUAACUAUGUUCUAUAAAAUCAAAUAUAAUACUUAAAAUAAAACGGAGGGAAUAAUAAAGGGUAAUACUAUAACUCGUCACCUCCAAAAACGGGCAUAGGCGGAGCCUGAACACGUUGAAAAGUGUGCCAAAAGUACAAGCAACCGGCCAACUACCGCACCUUCCAAAAUCCUUUCCAUUCUAUUGGACUCCCUUUCCUACUAUUCUUCUUCUUCUUCCUCUUUCCUUUCAACUAACCACUUACCCUGAACAAAGUAUAAACCCCGCUCAUUUUUCAUUUUUUCAAAUUCAAUUCUACUUCUUAUUUUCCAAUUUCAAUCAUAUUAGUCAAAUAGUCAUGCAAUUAGAUUCUUCUUCAAUUCUUCGAUUUCCUCAUGAUUUGACGCUUUUUCGAUCGCGCAAUUCUCCGCGAAUUACUAAUUCCUUUUUGUUUUCUUCUAAUCAUUGCCGUUGUCGUCAGUUACGGAAUACUAGUAUUUGGAAGCAAGGAUACAAUUUGAAGCAUGAUGUGGUUCAGCUUAGGUCCAUGGAUGAGGAUUCUGUAGGUAUAUUCUCAUUUGAUGACUGGGGAAACAUUGAGGGCACUAGUGACUACAUGAUUUUCUCAAGUGAUGGAGAAGAUAGUGAUGGGGAGAUUCUGGUGACACCCAUGAACGAUGUUGAUAUGCCAAGAGUUAAAAGGCAGUUUGUUACUGCAGAAGAUGCUUUAACAGCCACAGCUUCUAGGCUUGCCUUGCUUGGGAGAAUGCAUAAAAAAGACAGGAUUAUAUAUGGCUUUGUUAGCAAUUUUGGACUGAUCAGCUUCUUGACAAUAUGCCUGGCAUUUGUAGACUGGCGUGCUUGGCGCAUUGUUAGACAACCCUUGGAUGCCUUUUACUUUUUGUCACCCUUUUUAGCCUCUGCAUCUUUAGUAGCAUUUGCAGGCUAUGUCUCUGUUCCAAUACUUAAAAUAUUUAAUAUUCGUCAGAAAUUUCGAAGGAAAUGGCCUUACAAGUAUAACUCUAAAAAGGGAACGCCGACCAUUGGUGGAGUGUUUUUCAUACCCAUUGGGGUUGCCGUUGCUAAAUUUAUGGGUGGUUCUUCAACCGAAUCUACGGGCAUUUUAUUAGUGACUCUGGCAUAUGCUGUGAUUGGUCUUUUUGAUGAUACAGUAGGCCUUAUUAAGCCUCGUAAUUUUGGACUAUCUAGAGGGACAAAGUUUUUAUUGGAGGUGGCUGUUGCAGCAUGGUUUUCAUUUUGGCUGUACACCCAAAAUAUAUCAUCACCUUACGGCAUGAAAAUGCUGGUCCCAUUACCUGCACCUGUUGGCCUUUUGAAUCUGGGAGGAUAUUAUCUGUUGCUGACUGUAUUUACAUUUAUUUUGAUGACCCGUGGUCAUAAAAUUAUUGAUGAACUAGAUGGAUUUGCUGGAGGUGUUGCAGCAUUGGCAUUUGUUGCGAUGUCUGUAGCAGUGCUUCCAAUUUGUUCUGAUGUUUCCGUUUUUGGAACAUCAAUGGCAGGUGCUUGUGUUGGUUUUCUUUUGCACAAUCGCUACAGAGCAUCUGUAACAAUGGGUAAUACUGGAUCCUUGGCGAUAGGUGGAGCCCUAGCUGCGAUGGCUUCAUGUAGUGGCAUGUUCAUACCCCUUUUCAUUGCUUCAGGAAUUUUAGUCAUUGAAGUGAUUGCUGUGGUAAUACAGAUAUUUCCUUUCAGGACGGCUGAGAGCUUACAGGGGAGAGCACGUAGUUUUUUCCAAGUACCUCCUUUGCAUCACUACCUCGAAUUAUACGGAAUGAAAGAACCAUCGAUUGUCACUGGUGCAUACUUCAUAUCAGCCUUCUUGGCAGUUCUUGCAGGUUAUGUGGGUCUUGUUUCAGCAUAGCUUCAACCAGGUCCUAGCAUAUUCUAUGUUCAAGAUGUGAUGCGGGUUGCUAACAUCUAGGCAGCAUUUUUAGGGUUUGCCAUAGAUCAGUUAGAAUGAUAUUCAGAAAUUUGUAAGAGAUACUCUUAUGUAUUCGAAUUUUAUGCCAUGUAUGGCUGGCUACUUUUUCUCCUUGGAAUGUAACUUUAAAUUGUUGCAUGAUGAAUUGGUGACAUAAAUA